CGAAAACUUAGCAAAACUUCACGUGGUCUCCGAUAUCUCCAAAAAGGAUUAUCCGUCACGUUACCUUGGGAAUCCGCUCAGUAUCCGAAUUCAAACCCAGUUUUACCAGUCCCUCUAUCGACGGCUUGCCUCAUAGAGGGGCUGGUCACCAGUCUACCCAUGAUGCACUUGCAAAUGUUUUGUUGUCCGGUGCAAAUACGAUGCCCUGAACCAUAUUCUCAUGGCCCUUAAACGAGACGGGCACCCUUUUGAGCUCUCUCUUGUUUGUCACAACUUCCCAGACCAGGAUGCUUCCAUUCUCUCCUCCAUUCGCUAUCCAACGUCCAUCAGGGGACGCCGAGACCGCCCAGACAAUGUCAUCGUGUCCCAACAAGGGCUCUCCUACUUGUUUCCCCGUGUCCAGAUCCCACACCCGAAGACUCUUGUCGGCCGAGCCAGUGACGAGGAGACGGGUACCGACGAUGAAAGCUACUUCGUACACACGCGCCUCAUGGCCCUUGAGUGUCAGUUCAACAGGCUGUGCGGGCGCUUUUGUGGAUACUUUGUGGGUGGUGACCGCCAUUCAAUCUUGUUCCAUAUCUCGGUCAGCAGGCAUAUUGAGGGAGUAGCAAUGACUUACAUGCGCUAUGCUCUGCUGUACAUAGACACGUGGUGUCCUGCAUACGGACCAUCUUCAGCGCUUCUUCCAGAAGUUUUCUUCAGUAGGCGCCGUGGCCGCUUUUACUGUAUUCUGAUACAAUUUCCCGGCCACAUCCGAGUCAGUCGACACGGGAUAUCUUCUCUCAUUCAUCUUGUACUGAAAAGUGAUAAUAUGCAUGCAACGAAUCAAUCGCUUGAUACUGGUUGGCUGUGGUGAUAGCACCUGCAAGGCAGGCUGAGGGAGAAUGAGGUUCUCGUUCCUGCCAGCAUCAUCGGGUCUUGAAAAUGACAACUUGGCUGCAUUGCACACUCUCCUGGCCACUGCAGCACCGCAAGGCAAUCAAUUCCCCGAUCACAAGUUUGGCCGCCAUGCAGACACGGAGCGAGAAAUGCUGACUGACCCAUAUACGCGCAGGAUUAAGCGUAUAAACUGCCAACAAAGUGAUAUCGAUAUAGCGUGGGCGUCGAAGGACUGUUGCAGUAUCUCCAGAUGGGCGGUGGAUCAUGAGUGGAGCGUCCAAACGGAAGCAUCCCUUCUGAACAGAUAAUACCAACUGCAGAUCGAAGAAAGUGAAACAAGCUCCUGUGGGUAGGUGCACCAGCGCUUUUCAGCUGAUCAGGAUUGCGUGGUACAUCAACUGGAGUCUAUUAUCAUUAGACU